AUGUCGCUGCAUCAAAUGAAUGCGCAAUUCAUGUUUGAGCGUAAUGGCACGGCAGAGUGGAUGGAAAGGAAUCUCACGGAUGCAGACCACAAGUAUCUCCGGCAGUUUGCACGAUCGACACAACAAUCAAAGCUGGAGCAGAAGCGGCGCCAAGAGCUGGUAGAGGCAGACGAGGCAGCCGUGGUCGCCAAGAAGAAGAAAAUUGAGGAGACAGAGCAGAAGGAACGUGAGAAGCUCGACGCGCUGUACAAGAUCAAGCUUGUUGUCGUGCAGGAGGAAGUCUUGAGGCUGAAUGUCAAGACAAUCAAAGAGCAGAUUGCAGUGUGGCAGCGGUGGGACAAGGAGGUUCCACCAGUGGGAAAGCUCAAUGGGGCGGGUGCUCCAGGUCAAAAGGAGCGCCAGGUUGCGCUUUUGGCUGCAAUUCAGCGGGCUAAUGGACAAGAUCCACGUCCGGCACGCAAUUCUUGA